ACCUGCACUCAGCUCACUCGCACCACAGCGCUCCCACUCACACACUAUCAUGCGUACCUGUCCGGAACCAGUCUACCUGCCCGUGCUGGAUUUUACUGCAGCCUCUGGCUGAGGAGAGACGGCUGACUGAAGGAUAUUUGCAGGCUCGUUGAGAGGAGAGAGCGGAGCGCCGCGGUGAAGGAUUUAGAUGAGGUGCUGGGCCAUGAGAGCUGACCUCUGAAUCUGAGCCCAACAGCCUUUUGUAUUCGAGUCCUGCGUUAACUGGAGCCACCGUUCAUCAUGAGGAGCAGCACUCACGUCCUGCCUGUUGGAGUGCUCACGGCUCUGCUGCUGUCUCAAGUCUGCUCGGGCAUCAAAUGGCUAACGCUAUCACACACUCCUGUCUCGGUACACAUGAACCACACCCAGAACUGUAAGAAGCUGCCCGGUUUGGUGUCCUCCCAAGCUCAGUUGUGUCGCAGUAACCUGGAGCUCAUGCAGACCAUCAUACAAGCUGCACGAGAAGUCAAGAAAACAUGCCAGAAGACCUUUGGGGACAUGCGCUGGAACUGUUCCUCCAUUGAAAUCCCCGCUGGCGCCCAAAAGUAUCAUCCAGAUCUGGACAGAGGAACGAGGGAAUCUGCAUUUGUCUAUGCCCUGGCUGCAGCAACCAUCAGUCACACCAUAGCGAGAGCAUGCACUUCUGGGGAUUUGCGGCUGUGUUCAUGUGGUCCUAUCCCAGCGGAAAUCCCAGAACCCGGCUAUCGAUGGGGCGGCUGUGCGGACAACCUGCACUACGGUCUGAUGAUGGGCUCCAAGUUCUCAGACGCGCCCAUGAAGAUGAAGCGCUCGAGCUCCCAUGCCAACAAGCUGAUGCAUCUACACAACAGUGAAGUUGGCAGACAGGUGCUUCGAGGAGCGCUGGUGAUGAAGUGUAAAUGCCACGGGGUGUCUGGAUCCUGCUCUAUUAGGACCUGCUGGAGAGGGCUCCAGGAUCUCAGAGAGAUCGCCAUGGACCUUAAGACCAAGUACCUGUCGGCCACAAAGGUGGUUCACCGGCCUAUGGGGACGCGCAAGCAGCUCGUGCCGAAAGACCUUGACAUCCGGCCAGUGAGGGACAACGAGCUGGUCUACUUGCAGAGCUCCCCAGACUUCUGCAUCAAAAAUGAUAAACAGGGCUCUGUUGGCACAACAGACAGACAGUGCAACAAAACCUCCUUGGGCAGCGACAGCUGCGACCUGAUGUGCUGCGGCCGUGGCUACAACGCGUACACGGAGAAGGUGGUGGAGCGCUGCCACUGCAAGUACCACUGGUGCUGCUACGUGACCUGCAAAAAGUGCGACCGGAUUGUGGAGAGAUACGUAUGCAAAUGAGCCCUCACCCCUGCCGGCCUCACCAGCGGUGGCAGCAACAGCGGUGGCGGCAGAAACAGCAGCAGCAGCAGCUUUGUUUCCAGCCCAUAGCUGGGUGCAAAUCUACAGAUUAACCAAAGCACUACAGAACCAACGUGGUUUAUUUUUGUCUUAGGCUUUAGCAUGUGUAUGUGAGCGAGAACCGAUUUAUUCUUGUGCAGUAUCAUUUUUGUAUCAACUCUCCAAACAUCCACUUGGACUUCAACACAUUUUGCUGCACAAACCUGGACGUGGAAAGUGUGGCCACAGUGCGAGUCAGUUCAUGUGAAGACCACCGUCCUCCUGGGUAUUUUUAUUUUCCAUGUUAAUAAUCAUAACAGCCCCCUCAGACAGGGACACCGAAAGUCUGUUUAUAUCAUAUCUCUAAUACGAAGAAAUAGUGUUGGAUUUUAUGCUGGAGGAUCCUCCGGACUCAUGUUUUGGCUUCAUUCUGUGGAAGUCUCAUGGAUCCACGUGUUUUAGGUACUAUUAAAACUUUUUUCCUCUUUGGAAAUGGACAGUAGUGGAAAAAAGGAACACAAAGGGAACCUCAAGUACUUUUUAUGGAACAUUUUGUGUUUGAUGUUUGGGACUCUCAGCAUGUGCCGUGUGGAUCGUGAUAUGCCUGUGGAAAGAGAGCUGGAAUUUUAAGAACUUUGUGAAAAAGCCCAUUAUCUCCUUUUUAUUUGUCUGACAUUUACAGGCAGUUAAAAAAUAUAUAUAUAUUUUUCAGAGCUUAUGAAAUGAACUCAUGGAUUUUUAAACCACUUUUGUGUGGAUGUAUAUAAUGUUAUUUUGUAUACUAAAAAUAAA